AUGGCAACCACCGCGUCGGGGCCAACGUUGUCGGCACCCUUGCUGUCCCCGUCCCCGUCCUCCUACGCGGAGUCCGUAAAUUUCGAACCUCCCUCCUUUGUGGCGACCCUCGAGGACCCAAAACUCCGCGACAAACUAGAAGUCGAGGCUGAAACAACUCCGGAGCCACUCGGUCGGCCUUCCUUCUCUGGAUCGUUCAGGAGCUUCAAUGCUAACGUCCGUCCUUCCUCUGCUUGGUCGCGCAUCACUUCCUCUGCCUUCGCUUCCAGGGAACGUCGCGCGACAAUCUCUGCCGGCAAACGAUCACUGAACCUCGCGAGAGACAACAAAAACGGUCACGGUAUACCCAGGAUCAUUGUUGACGAGGCCCCUAAUCGACCCAGUUCAAGAAGAUCUUUAUCUGAGAGGAAAUGGAGCUCGGUUCGAGGUACUAGAGGCAUCACUAUGGAUAUUCCGAACUCCUCAUUAGGGGAUAUCACCAGCUCUACAAUUGACGAGGGAAACGAGUGGAGUCCGUCAACGGCGGCCAACCCCAAGUUGCUCAGCGCCGAUGAGGCUCAUACCAGUCCGCCUAGCAGGAGAGUGAGUCCUUCGACGAUGCGUAACUUUAGCACACGCCGGAUUCGGUCCGCAAAUUCGUUGAGAGGUGGCAGAACGGAUAAUGGGGGUGUAGUCCGUACUUUGUCUGUGGACGAAGAAAUGUUGUCUAGAAAAGUGAGGUUGAUGUAUGAAAAGGGGGAGGAUGUGGUUAGUGAGGCGGAGCUGAAUCAGGCACUAGACGAAGAUGAGAGUAUCUUCAUGGACAUGAACGGGGAUACUAUGGAAAAUACGGAGGGUACGGGAAACAUAAACUCUGAGCCUCCAAGUGAGAAGUCAGAAACUGCGUCGACGGCUACAGUCAGCCCGGCUAGAAGGAGAAAUACGGUGGAGAGGGAGAGUAAUGAGCUUGCUGGUGGCGUGGAGGACUGGAAUGAUAUUGAGAACGGCUACGUUGAUAGAUACGGCUUCAUCAUCCCGCAUCCUGAGGAUGGUGAGUCGGACACGAACGGGCCGCAGCCGCUUCAAAGGGUCUCAACGAGUUUGAUGCUCGCCUCUGCCACACCCAGGCGGAAACGAACAAUGGCCAAACGUCCGCCUUCAACGGCAGGAGCAGCGAGUAUCCGCUCCUUUGCCGGCCGCUCCUCGUCACAGAGAACUAACGACCAUCCCGCUCGUCCAAAUUCUUCCCAGAGCUCAUACCAGCCCCCCAUCUCGCGUACCACCAGCAGUCUACGUUAUGCAGCGAACAAGCUCCCCCACAACCGUUCUCGCAAGCUGCUUGACGAAGCCGGUGAUAUGCUAACCAGCCCCACCCAAAAGACCAAUAGCUUCAGUUUCUCUGAAGACGAUUCGGCCUAUUCAAAAGCCAUGAAAAAGAAGGAGUGGGAGCGUGAGGACAAGUGGCGUAAAAUGGCCAAGCUCACCUCCAAGGCCAAGGAUGGAUCUGGAAUGACAUUCGAAUUUGAUGUCACUAGUUCCAAGCUUAUCGAACGUACCUGGAAGGGUAUCCCGGAUAGCUGGCGCUCAACAGCAUGGCACGCCUUCUUGGCUGCCAGCGCAAAGAAACGUCCUGACAGCCCUACUGAGGCUGAGUUAAUUAAAAAGUUCAACGAACUGCAAGUCUACCCGUCCCCUGAUGAUGUACAGAUCGAUAUCGAUGUCCCCCGCACCAUCAGUAGCCACAUCAUGUUCCGACGCCGAUAUCGCGGAGGACAGAGGCUUCUCUUCCGCGUCCUACAUGCCAUGUCCCUUUACUUCCCGGAGACCGGAUACGUGCAGGGAAUGGCCGCACUGGCCGCCACUCUACUGGCUUACUACGACGAAGAGAAUGCAUUCGUCAUGCUUGUCCGCCUCUGGCAAUUUAGGGGUCUCGAUCGACUUUACCGUGAGGGCUUUGCAGGCCUGAUGGAGGCACUGAAUAGCUUUGAGAAGGACUGGCUAGGCAGUGGGGAGGUGGCCGAGAAACUGACUGAACUUGGAAUUACCCCAACUGACUAUGGAACACGAUGGUACCUGACACUAUUCAACUACUCCAUCCCAUUUGCUGCUCAGCUCCGAGUGUGGGACGUAUUCAUGCUUCUAGGCGACUCAGGGGAACCAAUCCACCCAGCCGACUCUGCCAACAGUAACGGCCACGUAAACGGUGCCAGUACCAGAACCGGACCUGCGCACCCUGUGGCAAGCCCGUUCGGUAAAAGCCUUGAUAUCCUACACGCCACCUCUGCUGCCUUGAUUGAUGGCAUGCGAGAUAUCAUUCUUGAGUCUGACUUUGAGAACGCAAUGAAGGUUCUCACUAGUUGGGUCCCAAUCAAUGAUAUCGAACUCUUCAUGAGGGUCGCCAGGACCGAGUGGAAAGUUCACUGCCGAAAGAAGGGCCAUUAA